AUGGUCAAUAACCUGCGAAUCAUUUCUCCCGUCACUAGAAUGUGGAAAUACGUAGACGACGUUUCAACCUCUGAGAGUCUUAGCAGAAAUUGCACCUCUAUCACUCAAACAACCCUUAAUUCAGUUCAGUUGUGGGCUUCCGAUAAUUGGAUGAAACUUAAUAUCAAAAAAUGCAAAGAGCUUCGUGUUAGUUUCCUUGGAGAAACCCAAUUAAUGCCUCUUUUAAUCGAUGGACACCCAAUUGAGACAGUGCGUUCACAUGAAGUACUGGGACUCACGAUCCAAAACAACCUGAAAUGGGAUGAACAUAUCCAUGAAAUAGUCUCGAAGGCAUCCAAACGAUUGCAUAUCCUCCGGGUGUUGCGCCGAAGUGGUAUUCCUCCUGCAGACCUUCUCACUGUGUAUAUUGCGUUAAUACGCUCAAUCCUUGAAUACUCUUGUGAAGUUUGGCACAACUCUAUCUCAUGCUAUUUAUCUGACAAAAGCGAGCCUUGCGUAUUGUAUACCCUGAACAAACUUACAAAGAUGCGUUGCUGUCGGCUGGUAUCACCAAAUUGGAGACUAGACGUGAAGAUCUAUGUUUGA